AGUACAGCCAGAAUUAUGCCACAUCCUGAGCGCUCAAUCUUUGAUUUACAAGUUGCUGCUCUGGUUGGGCAUAGAGUAUUCUUCCUGAUUUGUGAGACUGGAGCUCUUGUGUUAACACUAUAAAAGCCAUCACCAGCAGAAGGUCAUCUUGCUGUUUACGCCCCACAAACUGCAUUUUUUACAAUAUUGCUUUUCCCUUCACAAAAAUGUCCUGUCAUUACAGUUCUUGUGCUUGAAUAAUCCGCUUUUGAAUUACUUUGACUUUUACCCGUCUAUGUUUUCAGGAGAAAAAUACUUCUCGAGCAUCGUUUUUCCUGAAAAAUACAAAAGUUUCUGCAUUCAGUUGUGCCUGCCUGCAGCUAUGACAGCUUUUACAUGAGUUGAAGCUGCUAAGCCGAAUCAUCUGAAAUGUCAGGACCUCCACCAUCAGUUAAGAUGACCAUAUUUAAGUGUGACAUUCUGGAGUAGAUUCUCAAAGAGAUUUUCACUGACUAAAAUGUAGCUAUAUGUAACUUAAGCCUUUGCCUAUUUAUUCAUUGUUUGUUUACUUCAUUAUAAGAAAUGGCUUCAUCACAGAUAUUCUGGUUAUUGGCUGAAUUCAGAGGCUAAACAUCAGGUGGGCCCACUAGAAGGGAAACAGGAUGAAGGUGACACUCAGAUUUUAGGAGCAGAUUAAUUUGAAAUUUGUCCUGUACAUAUCUUUGUAAUUACGUUUUCCUGAUUUGUAAAUGAUUUGUAAUUGAAAUUUAAUUAUGAAGGUGAAACCUUAGCAAAUGAACUAUAUUUGAAACAAUGUAUUUUAGAUACAUUCAAAUACAGUCAGAAUUUAGAUACAGUCAAAUAUACAUACAUUACUUUUAUAAAACCUACUCAGACUUUUUGAGUGAUUUUUUUAAAAACUUUUUUCAGACCUGAAGUGAGAAUGGAGCUUGAUUUUCUCCUCUCUCUCAAAGAUGAAAGCUUUAAGGACUGUUUUAUCUGAUGGUGACAGUUUUGGUGGUCUAGCAGGUGUUACAUGAUUGUUAAAGGGUCCCAUUUUCUCUAUAUAUUUUCACCAUUUUUUGUAUUCCAAUUUUGUCUAAUUUUCCUCUCUCCUUUCUUAUUCUUGUGGGUCUUAUACCUAAUCUCCUGAAAAAAAUAAUAACUGUCUGUUCUGACUGAAAAUUAGAUUAAUGAAGGGCAGUCUCUGAUUUUUGUACAGUAUUGUAUUGAAGUACGUUUUCCUCAAAAUAAGCUAAAUAGGCUUAUGUUAAAUUGAAUGGCUUUUUACUGUGCAUUAAUACUUGCCUUUUUGUUCAAAUAAUUGUACAGCUGAGACAGAUUAUUAACAUUUUAUCAAUCAGCAAUUUCUAGGGCUAAGAUGCCCUAUCAGUUAAUGGAAAAUUACAGUAUAUUACUUGGGUUCAGCCUGGCCUGGUACCUUUGUGUGGAUUGAUUUAUGUCUAACCCCAAGGUAUUUCAGUCAAAUACAACACUCAUAAAUCUGCUUGGUCAGUUAAGUGAAAAAGUCUCCAUAGCAGUGAGUCAUGAUAUAAAAGGCAGCUAAGCAGUGGAAAGUUCAUUUCCAUGCCGUCAUUCUCACCAACUGGACCCUGGUUGAGGAAUCUGUGCCUGGCACAUCACAGCCUUUUACAAAGUUCCUCAUCAUUAAGAGUUAUGCUGGCAUUGGGUGAAAUUCACAUGCCUCUGUGCUCUAUGGUCUUCACUCUCAGAAUUCAGGACCUGACAAUCCUGAGGGGCUGACGGACUAUAAUCCUAAAAGAAUCUAUUUAAACAGUUGACCAUAAUUUCUGGCCAGUUUAUAGCAAGCUGUAAAACACUGGGAAUUGUAUAGAGUAAACAGAUAUUUUUGCAGAAAGUAAAUCUACAGUAUAAAAAUGGCAGCAAGAUUGGUACCUGUGUAGUUUGAAAUCUUCCUAUCUGAGCCUCUAAAGCCUUUUGUAUAAACUUAGGAGAGAAUGGAAAAAAAACUAUGUAGUCUCUGUUUACAAGUAGAACCUGCUUUGCAUGCUUUUUCCUGUUGACCUCAUGCAACUAGUGAACCGUUACCAAGUUCCUGCUUAAUGUUGUAUGUCUCUGUGCUAGUGUGUCACUGGGUGUGAAAUGAGAGUGAGAGAAUGUGACUCACUGCGCACUUGCCUCAAGUCCACAAAUCAUUUAAAAGUGUGAUCAGUGGACAAUGAUGGAAUAUGGUUUCUGCUGAAAAUAAACCAAAGAAGAAAAGAAAAGAUGAAAAGAAAAACCUUUGCAGUGCCUGGGAGGGCUUCAAUGCUGAUAAUGGCCCGAACGAUGAUAAUAUGUUUUAUGGAUGCCAGAAGCCUAAACAGCAGGUUAAGCAGAAAUGUAGAUAUCUGGAUGAGAAGAACAUUAUGUUGUCACAUCAUUUAUUAAGUGAGCCCUGGUCCACUAGCUCAGAGGGGAGUGAUGUGGCAGAAAAAUUACCCCCAGGAUGGGAUGCAUCUCAAGAUAAUACUCUCUCCACUAAAUCUCCUGUGGCCCUCCCAGCAGAAGCUUGUUCUUUGAGCCAAAGCACUUUUGACACUGACUGUUUCCCAACAAAUAACAAUAUGUUCACUAACUUGAUAAUCCAUAAACGGAAAAUCAUUAAUGGUCUCAGCCCAGUGCGCACAAGCAGCUUAGAACUGCAACGAACCCUGCCGCUGAUACGAUGGGCUCCUGCUACCUCUCAAGUGCAGAUGACCGAGGAGCCAGUGGCCUGGCGAAGUAAAGGAUUUGUUACAGUGAACCGUGAAGCAAGGCCUGCUGAACUAACACAAAUCUGGAAAAGGGCACCUAGCAAGAAGCUGGAGUGGUGCCAAGAGAGCCUGGCCAGGUUGGCUCAUCUGCAAGCUCAGUCACCCAACAAUGCCUCGUUUGUGGCCAGAACCAGACCAGUGAUCCGGAGAGCAGCCGGGCUAACUGUGGGUCAUAGGAGGGUGCAGGUGCAGGACAGUCAUGUGGAACAGAACUUCUGUCAGAAAGCAGAGACUAAACGUACAGGUCUGCCAAAUGGCAGCGGGUCAGCCCCACUAGCACAGACACAUAAACAAGGCCUUUGGAGCUCAACCCAAACAGAGGCAAAACACAGCAGAGAACUGGGGCAACAAGAUGGUGGUCAUUUUCAUGGGGAACAAGGAACCAUUUCCAUGGGCUGCUCAAAUUUGAGCAGGCUGUCGGACACACUGUCUUUGCUGGGAUACCGAGGGUACAGUGAGACCACCACCAUUCCCCGAGAUGUCACCUUAUUUCAUGUUCUCCAAGUUCUACAGAGCAAACCAGUCAAUUUUCAACAGGUCAAGGUCCAGAGACGCCUUGAGGCCCUUUAGAGUCUGAAGCCCUGAAUACAUCCACUAAGGAAUGUUUUAUUUUCUAAACUCAGAACAGGUCAUGGAGACGUCCCUGUGACACACUCAAAGCAAACAAAGUCAGAGUAUUAUUUUUUAUUCAAAGCCUUUAAAUUUUAUUUCCUCUACAGUGUAAAAGGUCAUAAUUUGAUGAAAGUCUUUAAAGGACGCAGUGAGCUGGAACCAUGUGAAACUUAUAAGACCGACCUACAACAUCCAUACAAAACCAAUAGCUAUGCAGGUGGAAAUGUCACAGGUGAAGAACGUAGAUAGAAAUCAGCAAUUAAAAAAGUUCAGUAGGUUGUAAAAAUGAACCUUUAACAACCAAAAAUUCUGUACAAACUAUAAAACAAAUAGGAAAUAUAAGUUGUGAACACAAACAAAUAUGCAAAAUAUAGACACUAUAAACAAAUCAGUAUUUCCAAAUGAGAAAAGGAAUCCAGCCAUCCGGUUUGAACAGCAAUCCAAUGAGUUAUAACACAAGUCAUUUUCUUCCUUUUCUAAAUUUAAAGUAGCUUAAUGAUGAAGUACACGUUGUACAUUAUGUACUUAUUCUGUUUUUUUACAAACACACAUAUGCACUCACACACACACACACACACACACACACACACACACACACACACACACACACACACACACACA